AUGAGUUCCCUCCGGUUCCUCGACCUCGUCAAGCCCUUCGUGCCGUUCCUCCCCGAGGUUCAGCAGCCGGAGACGAAGAUUCCCUUCAACCAGAAGCUGAUGUGGACGGGCUUGACCCUCCUCAUCUUCUUGGUCAUGAGCCAAAUGCCGCUCUACGGCAUCGUCUCGUCGGACACGUCCGAUCCGCUAUACUGGUUGCGCAUGAUGAUGGCGAGUAACCGGGGCACCUUGAUGGAGCUCGGCAUUACGCCUAUCAUUUCCUCUGGUAUGGUCUUCCAGCUGCUUGCUGGCACCCACAUGAUCGAUGUCAACCUCGACCUCAAGUCGGAUCGCGAGCUCUACCAGACGGCUCAGAAGCUCUUCGCUCUCAUCCUCUCGGUCGGCACCGCCACCGUCUACGUCUUUACUGGUCUCUACGGCCCACCGAGUGAGCUCGGCGCCGGCAUCGUCUUUCUCCUCAUCCUCCAGCUCGUCAUUGCUGGUAUGAUCGUCAUUCUCCUUGAUGAGCUCCUCCAGAAGGGCUAUGGUCUUGGCAGUGGUAUCUCGCUGUUCAUCGCCACCAACAUCUGCGAGUCCAUCAUGUGGAAGGCCUUCUCCCCGACCUCGAUCAAUACCGGCCGUGGCCCCGAGUACGAGGGUGCCGUCAUCGCCCUCUUCCACCUGCUCAUGACCUGGCCCAAUAAGCAGCGGGCUCUCCAGGAGGCCUUCUACCGCCAGAACCUGCCCAACAUCAUGAACCUGCUGGCCACGCUCAUCGUCUUCGCCGCCGUCAUCUACCUUCAGGGCUUCCGCGUCGAGAUCCCCGUCAAGUCGUCGCGCCAGCGUGGUGCUCGUGGCUCGUACCCCGUCCGCCUGUUCUACACGUCCAACAUGCCCAUCAUGCUGCAGUCGACCUUGUCGUCCAACAUCUUCCUGAUCAGCCAGAUGCUGUACUCGCGCUUCUCUGAGAACCUCCUGGUUCGCCUUUUUGGUGUCUGGGAGGCCAAGGAAGGCUCGUCACAGCUCUCGGCCGUCUCUGGUCUCGUCUACUACAUGUCACCGCCUCUCAAUUUCAAGGAUGCCAUGUUGGACCCCAUCCACACGGCAGUCUACAUCGCAUACAUGCUGACGGCCUGCGCUAUCUUCUCCAAGACGUGGAUUGAGGUAUCCGGCUCCAGCCCACGUGACGUCGCAAAGCAGCUCAAGGAUCAGGGUCUCGUCAUGGCCGGCCACCGUGAGCAGAGCAUGUACAAGGAGCUUAAGCGCAUUAUUCCCACUGCUGCUGCUUUUGGUGGCGCCUGCAUCGGUGCGCUCUCUGUUGCCAGCGACCUCAUGGGCGCGCUCGGCUCCGGCACUGGUACUCUCCUCGCCGUUACGAUUAUCUACGGCUACUUCGAAAUCGCUGCCAAAGAGGGCGAUCUUGCGGGCAUGAAGGGUAUGAUCAUGGGCUGA